UUUAUUGCGGCGUCCAGGGAAACGAUCGCUGCCUCUUCCUGCGAUCUGCCCUCUAAUUAUUAAAACGGAGAAGGCUGGCAUUAGCUUGGCUCAGGGCAACCCAUUGGGUACGAGGCGCCGAGCACCUAUUGUGUGUGUGCUGGGUGGGGAGGAUUCCAGGAGCACAGGCCUGGGUCACAAUCAUCCGGUAUGAAUGUACGGCAGUUCAGGUACACAGCCAGCCCAGCACACCUUCAUUCCACACACAUUACUGCGCGCUAGAGGCUCGCCGCGAGGCCAUGGACACCAUCAAAGCACGAUGGGCUGAACGGGAAAAUGUACAGAAAAGAACGUUUACGCGGUGGAUGAACCUUCACCUGGAAAAGUGCUCCCCACCGCUGGAAGUCAAAGAUGUGUUUGUGGAUAUCCAAGAUGGUAAAAUCCUGAUGGCCCUCCUGGAGGUUCUGACGGGGCACAACUUGCUCCAUGAAUACAAAUCAUCAACUCAUCGCAUCUUCCGGCUGAAUAACAUCGCCAAAGCGCUCAAGUUUCUGGAGGACAGCAAUGUGAAGUUGGUCAGUAUAGACGCAGCCGAAAUCGCUGAUGGAAACCCCUCGCUGGUUCUCGGUUUGAUCUGGAACAUCAUCCUCUUCUUGCAGAUUAAAGAGCUCACAGGAAACCUGAAUAGAAUGUCGUCCUCCUCCAGUCUGUCUUCCCUGCCCAGCGGGAGCGAGUCGGACGCGUCUCAUCCCAGCACGCCCAGCGCGCCCGGCGCGGAGAAAAGUCUGUCCGUUUCAAUUAAGGAUCAGCGGAAGGCCAUCAAAGCUCUGCUCAGCUGGGUUCAGCAGAGGACAAGAAAGUACGGAGUGGCGGUCCAGGAUUUUGCUGGUAGUUGGAGAAGUGGACUCGCCUUCUUGGCCAUUAUUAAAGCCAUAGACUCCAGCCUUGUGGACAUCAAGAAAGCACUGGAAAGAUCGCCCCGGGAGAACUUGGAAGACGCAUUUACUAUUGCACAGCGGAGUCUCAACAUCCCACGGCUUUUGGAACCAGAGGAUCUGAUGGUGAAUUCGCCGGAUGAACAAUCCAUAAUGACGUACGUCACACAGUUCCUGGAGCAUUUUCCAGAACUUGACCCGGAUGACUUCACAGAUCACAAGGAAGACGCUCCGGUGGAAAUGACGUACGUGCGAUACAAAGAUGGUCCUAAGGAAGAAGAAGGAAAGAUUAUUACUUUACCCAAAAACGAGGAGAAUGAGUUUACGGUGGAACUUCAGACAAGGCCUCUUACCCCUCCGGAGACGCACGUCUACACAGAAGUUAAUGUUGCCGAUGAUAGAAGGCCGAGUUCCAUGGAUGGUUUGAGCAAACCACAUCAGCUCCUAGCAGAAGCUAAUCAGGGCUCAGUACCGAAGAUGGUUGGGUUUAUGUUUGACAAGUUCUCACGUCGGCCUGAAGCGUCUUCAUUGAAUUCUGAUGUCUCAGGGGAAAUCUCUGCUAAUGGGCUAAAUAAAACCCUAAAUGUCGAAAGUCAAGUGGAGACAGUUUUACUUUCUAAUGGACAAGGAGACCUUCACCACAACCUAUUAGGUGAAAAGCCAACUUCAGGUGGACCCUAUUAUCAGGAGCCAAAGUAUAUAUUCAGUGAUAAUUACAACAAAUAUUGUGACUCUUCUUCAUCAUUUUCUUCAAUUUCUGAACCUAAUGACCUCUUUUACCACUCUGAGGACUCUCAAGAUUCCAUAAAGCCAUCACCGAUGUCGGAUGAUAGUGGAUUGGUGACACCGCAUGACCAAAAUGAAGAAGAUGACCCCUUCAAGUAUGUCCUACAUAAGCCCAAAGAUAAAUUUGAUGGUGACCUUUCCAAACAGAUGACCGUCUUCCAAGCAUACAAAUCAAGCACAGAAGAUAAGCUUAAUUCAAAAAAUCAUCUGGAUUCUGUUGAAGACCACCCGCAAGAGGAAACCGACCCUGUGGAUGAUAAGAACGCAGCUAAAGUUUCCAUAAUCCCCCAUGACUUAUUUUAUUAUCCCCAUUAUAGUGUUCCCAUUGCGGAUGUCUUGCAAGCCUUUGCCGACAAAUGUCCAGAUGGUAUCGUUGGGGCCAGUACAGAGUUUGAUGAUUCAUCUGAAUGCCACUCAGAGGACAGCGAAUCGUUCAGCGGUGAAGAUGACUUGAAUGGAGAGAAGAUAGAAAAAGUGACUUCAGUACCAGAAUCUGCAGAAUGGGGGUUAGGUUUGAAGGACUAUGCGCAAGACGUGAGGUACACAAAGACUGGUGCACCAGCUCAAUCAGUGGGAUCCAUAUUGAACGGAUCAGUAUCUCAAGCGACCCAUGACCUACAGCCCAACAAUUUCACUUUUCAUUCUGACCAUCAUAAAACUUCUCAGGUUAAGGAGCACACUGAAGAUCCUGAUGAUGACUGGGAUGAAGCUCCAACAAGUAGAGGGGGAAUGUUUGGUAGGAAAUCAGAUUUGGAGGAAGACUACUAUCUUAUUGAGGAUCGGGCAGCCAGACUUGCUGCUGAAGUGGGGGCCAGUCUUCAGGAUCCAUGGCAGUCAAGAGAGAUUUGGAAUGACACGCACGUCCGCAACACAAGAGAGCACGAGCCCCACAAACCUUCGAAUCUGAUAGCUUUGAGGGAGGAACAUACAGAGGGUUAUAAAGACCACAAUUAUGGACUAAGAAAAAACGAGUAUGGCGACACGCGAAGUGGGUCCCCGAGAUCUGGAACGUUCGUGUCUGAUCAUGAUCUGAGGAAGUUGUAUCCCAUUGGGAUCCUGCUGUGGUUUAUUUGCUACUGCAUCUUCAUCCUUCCAGAGCUGGAUAUGGACAAAGUCGAAUUCUUAGUGAAGGACGAUUAGGCGCUGGCCCACGGCUACAAAUUGUUGAUCAAUUUUCUAUCGCCAUGUCUCCUUUCAGCAAUAAUUUAACCUUCUAGCGCCCUGAUAGCAGCGCAUAACGAAUUAGACACAAUGAGCAAAAUUAUUUCAUUUUGUGCCUUUGUGCGAACUAGCUUGCUACUGCCAUUCCUUAAACCUUUCCUCGCUGUUGUCUUACGUAGCAGCGGCUGGAAGGCUUCGUUUGCAUUCCUAGUCCUUGUCUGCAGGGUAAAAUACCGCCUUUGAGGGGCCACGAAACAUAAAUCACAAGUUGGUUUAUGUCAAAUUAUUUUUUUGGUACUUUAUUUAAAUAAAUAUAAAAAAUGUCUGAGGAACUCA